CCCGAGACAUUCUCCAGACGGGAAGUAAAGAUACAUAAAUUUUCUUCAAAUUUUGAGAAAUUUUGAAGAUUUCCUACUUGAAAUUUUGAAAAUGUCGAAAUUCACCGUAUUCGCGACGAUAUUUGUACUUUACGCUUGUGCCGUGGCGUUGGGGUUGGGCGAUCCGUCGAGUUCCAACUUGGGCGGGGGACUUCCGGGGGUCGUGUCGCCGAAAAAUGUGCGCAUUUUGAGCCCCGCAGCGACCAGGUUGUACAGAAUGAUUAGAAAAGGGGUGAGUUUUCGGCAGCUCGACGACGACGACUUGUUUGCCGAGGACGAGAACAACUUCCGGAAACGUCAGUACGACGAUUACGGUCACAUGCGGUUCGGAAAGAGGAAUCAGCCAUCCAAAGACUUUGACGACUAUGGUCACCUCCGAUUCGGAAAGUAGACGAGAAUUUUCACCCGGGUUUUUCCCUAGUCCCCUCACCCUAUAAUUCCUACUCACUCAUUAAUUAAUUGAUCAAUUAAUGUGAUUAAUUAACUAAUUAAUACGAUACAGCUUUUACUUGAUCUAUUUAUUACUUAUUAAUGUAAAUUAUUUCCGCACAAUGGUAAUUAAUUAAAUAUAAUGAUGAUGAUGAUGAUGAUGAUAUUAAUUAUUAAUUAAACUCUUUACAAGUAAUUAAUUAGUUACAUUUUUGGAUAAAUGCGAAUGUGUGAAAGUACAUAGAAAGUUAAUGCUGCCCCAGUAAAAAAAUUACUGAAAUUAUGAAAAUUUUAAUUCUGCCCCGGUUAAAAAGAUAUUUAAAUUAUAAAAAAAUGAAUGCUCCCCCAUAAAAAAUACUUAUAAUUGAUCUUUAAUGCCCACAUCCAUUCACUGCUACCACGAGCGAGAGACCGACUUGUAUUUUAUGGACUCUUGUUAACUUAACUUUAUUGAGUAUGAACGGAAAUUAAUAAAUUUUUGAUUAGCUUAUUUUACCCGAGAAAAAUUGAA